GGGAGGGUAGAGAGAUGAAGGAAGGGGGCGGAGAUGGGUUCGUGAGGGCGGACCAGAUCGAUCUGAAGAGGUUGGACGAGCAGCUGGAGCGGCACCUCAGCCGACCGAGGACGAUUGAGAAGAGGAAGGAGGAGGAGAGGCAGAGGGAGGAGUGGGAGAUCGACCCCUCGAAGCUGGUUAUCAAGGGGGUCAUCGCCAGGGGCACCUUCGGCACGGUCCACCGUGGAGUCUACGACGGCCAGGACGUCGCCGUGAAGUUGCUUGACUGGGGCGAAGAGGGAAACAGAACAGAAGCUGAAAUCUCUGCACUUCGAGCAGCGUUCUCUCAGGAAGUCUCGGUUUGGCAUAAGCUUGAUCAUCCUAAUGUAACUAAGUUUAUUGGGGCUGCCAUUGGGGCAGCAGACCUGAACAUACAAACAGAAAAUGGUCAUCUCGGCAUGCCGAGCAAUGUUUGCUGUGUUGUUGUCGAAUAUCUUCCUGGUGGUGCACUGAAAUCAUUUCUUAUAAAACACCACAGGAGAAAGCUAGCUUUCAAGGUAGUCGUCCAAAUGGCUUUGGAUCUUGGGAGAGGGUUAAGUUAUCUUCAUUCCCAAAAGAUUGUGCACAGAGAUGUGAAGACAGAAAAUAUGCUUCUAGAUAGGACAGGAACAGUAAAAAUUGCUGACUUUGGUGUUGCUCGUAUUGAGGCUCAAAAUCCUAAUGACAUGACGGGUGAGACAGGAACCCUUGGUUACAUGGCACCCGAGGUCCUCAACGGCAACCCUUAUAAUAGAAAAUGUGAUGUUUAUAGCUUUGGGAUCUGCCUGUGGGAGAUAUACUGUUGUGACAUGCCGUAUCCUGACCUUAGCUUUUCCGAGAUAACAUCUGCCGUUGUGCGGCAGAACUUGAGACCAGAGAUCCCACGAUGCUGCCCAAGCUCUCUGGCAAAUGUGAUGAAAGUCUGCUGGGAUGCAAACCCUGACAAACGACCUGAGAUGGAUGAGGCAGUGACCAUGUUGGAGGCUAUCGAUACAUCAAAGGGUGGAGGUAUGAUUCCUCCUGAUCAGCAACAAGGAUGUUUCGGGUGUUUCCGCAAGCACCGAGGCCCUUGAUAAGCUAAAUUCCCUCAAACUAACAUGGCAAGAUGAUUGUUCCAAGGAUAUAUAAACGUCGAAGAGAUGGAGAGCAUGUGCACAAUCACAGGCAUCGAUGCGGAGCUGAAAUAUUAUGGCAAUGCAUCCGGAGUAUGUUCUACAUGCUUGUCUCUAUUUAUGUGAUGAUGUAAAAACAUUCAUCUUCAUGUGUAUUCCUUGGCUUCACUCUUGUACUCUGGUAUGACCUACACAUUUAUGUUCUGUUCUGUUGUUGCCUUAUCAUCUCCUGUGAACAUGAAUAAGCAAAGGUUGCAUCUUGAUA